AUGGAACCUGUUUUUCGACAUUUUGGAGUUCGAAAUGGAGCAAAUUGUAUAUUUUUGAGUGAAGAUUCAAUUAUAAUCGGAAGUGCGAUGGGAGAUGUUGAGAUUUUAGACACAGAAACAUUUUUGAAAAUUUCUACAGUAUACUGUAGGUUUUUUUUGUUAAAAAAAGGUCAAAAAUUACUGUACUAUGUUCAGCGGAUCCUGAAAUGCGAGCUUGUCAAAGCAUAUAUCUUUCCUCCUCCGGAAGAUUGUGCAUACAAAUUCGAAAUUUUGGAAUAUUGAUUUUUCAAAAUAUUUCUGGAAAACAGUGGGAAGAAGUGCAAUUUAUCGAGAUGAAUCAUGUUGGAUUUUGUAAUUUUUUGAUUUUUGAGGAGAAAUUGAUUUAUGUUUCACAAAAUUCAAAAGGAAGGUCGAUUAUUUGUUGUGAAGAUGGGAGAAAAUUAGAAAUCGAUGAGGUAUGUCUGGCGAAAAGUGCGAAUUUUUAAUAUUUUCAAAAAAAUUCAGGUAACUCCAAUGCAUUUAUCAAGUUUUUCGGAUCGAAUAAUUCUAGGAAGUGAAGAUGGGAAAAUUCGAAUAAUUCAGGAUUUCAAAGUUAUUUCAGAGGUUAAUUUAAUUUUUAAAAAUGUUCUUCUCUUCAAUUUUGAAAAAUUCCAGAUUCAACCAGUCAAAGAUACAGUAUUCUGUACAUCUGUCAAUGAAAAUGGAGAAAUUGCAUGUGGAUAUUCGAAAUCACCAAUUAUUAUUAUCAGAAAUGAUUUUUCAACAUCGGAUUUUGAAGAAUUGCAUUAUCCUCAAACAUCUUCUGGUUGUUCUUCUCUUCAAUUUUCACCGAAUUCAAAACAAUUAUUGGCUGGGUUUUGGGAUGGAACUAUUCGUGUUUUCUCGAUUCAAAAAUUGAAAAUUCUAUUAGUUAUUUCAAAUGCACAUUCGAAUACUGUAACUGGUCUCGUAUGGAAAAAUAAAAGGGAAUGUUUAUCUUGUUCAACUGAUUCAACUAUUGCUGUUUGGAAUUUUGAAAAAUGA